AUGGUAAACGGUCCCCCUACGCCUCCCGCAAUCACCCCAACAGAAUUACACGACGAAGCUCGAGUAAUGCCUACGGUCUUACUGGACACAGAUUCUUCCAGUGCUCCCCCACCAUCCGCAUUGAUUACAUCACACACCAUUCCUGAAUCCUACCGAAAUGCAAUUCCUCUAAUCUCUGAAGCAAUUUCACGGAAUGAUUAUACAGAAUUGAUCAAUAUAGCAGAGCGAACGGAUACCAAUUCUGCAAACGACCGCCAUCAAUCAAGGUUGUCGGUUAUUAGUCCUUUGGUCCUAAGUCAUCUUAUUCUUGAUGAUCUACCUGCUGCACUAUACGCUCUGCUUAGAUUACCAGAGAAUCUUGCUUUUCUUCCCGUCACGAAAGCUUUUUCUGCUUUGGUAACAGCAACAAUGAACAGGCAACACUCUAAUGUUUACGAUCAAGUGAAUACGUUGAAUGCACUUGUAGCAAACCACGAUUUCGUGGACAAAGAGUUGUCUGCGGUUAUCUCCCAAUUGCUCUCUGUCUUCAUAGAUAAUUUUCGACGAAGAACAUUUGCUUUGUUAACCAAGGCGUAUACAUCCUUACCUCUGUCAUUGGCAUGUUCCUACCUAGCUUUGUCGGCGGAGCAAGUAAUCGAAAUAGCGGCGCAGAAACAUUCAUGGUCCUAUGAUUCUUCUGCCCAAAUUCUAAGCCCCGCGAAAUUCCCCGAACUAAAAUCAGAAGACGGUGGCAAUUCUUUAAGGUUUUCAAACUUGGCCACUUUUCAGUUAGUGGCGGAUAGCGUGGCAAAGUUGGAAGGUUGA